ACAUUCAAAAUUCCAGACACAGUCAGAACUCCCUCGAAAUGUCAGAGCCUGGCUCAAGCAAGGACCUGCCCGGGGCCAUGGAGAAGGCCCAGGUCUUGCGGCAGGAGAUAAGCCGCAGCUCGCGGGAGAUAAGCUUCAACUUCUGGCAGGAGUUCGAGCGGAUUCGCGCCGUCCAGAUGCAGCGCCUGCUGCAGGAGCGCCAGGAGCGGGAGCGGAUCAGCAAGCUGAUGGUGGCUGCCAACGCGGAGGCUCAUCAGCUGACGGAGGCCUUGAGUCGGUCCAUAGUUACGCAGGGCGUGAGCCUGGAGACCCUGCCGCAGCCGGCCAUCGCCAACAAAGAGGACCCUGGAGCGGGCAAGAAGACUCCAGCCGCUCCACAGCCUGCGACGGAUACAAAGAGGCCCCUCCACACAGGCGUAGGGGCAGUCGCGGCUCCCAGUCUGCUCCCCCAAAGGCUGCGGGCUCAAAAUCAGCGCCUUCAAAUGGCCAACAAGCCCAAGGCCCCGCCAAAGCCCAUUCUUAAGCCAGCAGCCAGGCCGCCAGCAAACCGGGGCUCUCCUGCGCGUGUGGGGAGUGCUCCGGUCAGCAACAGGACCCCCAACAGGCUCUCCGCGAACCCCCAAAAGGGGGCAAAGCUUUCCGGCUCGAAGACCACGCCGGACAUAGCGAAGAGUCGUCUGAGAAAAACUUACAAGAAAACACACUAAAUAGUACACAAGUUUUGCUGGAACUGCAAUCCCCAAUCCCCAUAUGUUCUUACUGGAUUCAUUGGUUUA